AUGACUGCAAAGAUCUUAUUCUUGAACGGACCUAAUCUCAACCUGCUUGGUACUCGUGAACCAGAAAAAUACGGCACAGAAACACUACAAGACGUCGUAAGUAGAGCAGAACAACAAUGCAAAUUCCAUAAUCUCAACUUUGAAGCAUUUCAAACAAAUCAUGAAGGUAUCAUGUUGGACAAAAUUCAUUCUGCAAAACAUGAUGGAACAAAGUAUAUCAUCAUCAAUGCAGGCGCUUGGACUCAUACUUCUGUUGCUUUGGUAGAUGCUUUGAGUGGAGUGGACAUUCCUUUUGUUGAAGUUCAUAUCUCAAACACUCAUAAAAGGGAAGAGUUCCGACAUCAUUCAUAUCUAUCUGCAAAAGCAGUUGGUGUAAUCUUAGGCCUUGGAACGUACUCUUACACUGCCGCAAUCGACUUUGCUGCCAAUCAAUUAAAUAAAGCCAAAUAG